AUGAGUGGUAGCGAGGUUUCCAGGCUUAGGUUCAUUUACACCUUAAGUCUCUGCGGUUUGCUUUUACCUUGCUGGGGUCAGUCUAGUCCAAUUACGUCCCCGCGGGAAGGCCGGAAGGUCCCGGGAGAGGGAAACGCGGUGGAUCCAUCUGGUUUGGAGCAGUAUGAGGAUAUGGACAUGCAUGAGUUUCUGGGGCAAUUCUUUUACAUGUUCAAUCUAACAGAGCCAGGCCCCCGGCCAAGGCCCCCCGCCACUCGCCUCGAACCUCCAGAGUACAUGCUGGAACUUUACAACCGCUUUGCCAAUGAUCGCAGUGCCGAACCAUCAGCCAACAUUGUGCGCAGUUUCAAGAAUGAAGGCUCCUCCUUCCACGGUGUGAUGAGCAGAGGUGUAAAGACACACCCACUCCUGUUUAACGUCUCCCUCCCUCAUCACGAGCACGUCAUUUUGUCAGAACUACACCUAUACUUGCUGGUUCAGCAGCACCGACAUCGUCACGCCAGAGUAAACUGCAAAAUCACCAUUUUUGAAAGGGGAGAGGGAGAACUCUGGAGAAUGAGAGGGACGAGCAGAAAAGAUGAGGCGGAUCUGGAGGACGUGGAGGAGCUGGCGUCGAAAUACGCCAACGUUAAGGACGGCGGUUGGGAGGUGCUCGACCUGACGGACGCAGUCCAUCGCUGGAGAAAGUCAGAGAGCACGACCCAUUGGUUGGAGGUGCGCAUUGAGAACUUAAACGCGGACGGUAACGAGUCGCAGAUGAAAGGGGAUGAGUACGAGAACAUGGCGUUAGCGGACCUAGACGUCGACAGGAGCCCGGGGGGGAAACACACACCGGUGCUGAUUAUCUUCUCAGAUGAUCAGAGUAAAGAUCACCGAGAGGAAAAGAGGAGGCUUAAUGGGAUGAUUACAGAGGAGACAGCUCUGCGGGGCGACAGCGACAAGUGGGAGACGGCUGGCGAGGAGGACGAGGAGCAACAGAACGAGGAGGGACACCUGACGCAAGUGCGAUCCAAUCCGAUCUACGACAACACGCCCCGGAUCCGUCGUCACGCCGCGGGAGACCACUGCAAGAGGAGGUCCAUGUACGUGGAGUUUAAGGACAUAGGCUGGGACAAAUGGAUCCUGGCUCCUCCGGGGUACGAGGCGUACGAAUGUAAAGGGGUCUGCUCCUUCCCGUUGCCUCCAGAAGUGACGCCCACCAGGCACGCAAUGAUUCAGGUGCUGGCCAAUCUGAAAAGCCCUCAGAAGGUAACAAAGCCCUGCUGCGUCCCCACCAAGCUGGACCCAAUCUCCCUUCUGUAUCAGAAUGACAAUGGUGUGGUCACUUACGAACACAAAUACGAGGGAAUGGUGGUCGCCGAAUGCGGGUGCAGAUAG